AUGAGUGGAGGAGGGGAGCAGCCUGACAUCCUCAGUGUGGGAAUCUUGGUCAAAGAAAGAUGGAAGGUGUUGAGGAAAAUAGGAGGCGGAGGAUUUGGAGAAAUUUACGAUGCACUGGACUUGCUUACUCGGGAAAACGUUGCGCUGAAGGUCGAAUCAGCUCAGCAGCCAAAGCAAGUGCUGAAAAUGGAAGUAGCUGUGUUGAAGAAAUUGCAAGGAAAAGAUCAUGUCUGUAGAUUCAUUGGAUGUGGAAGGAAUGACAGAUUUAACUAUGUGGUCAUGCAGUUGCAGGGUCGGAACUUGGCAGACCUGCGUCGGAGUCAGUCUCGAGGAACGUUCACCAUUAGUACCACUCUGCGGCUUGGGAAGCAGAUUUUGGAAUCUAUUGAAAGUAUUCAUUCUGUGGGAUUCCUGCACAGGGAUAUAAAACCGUCUAACUUCGCAAUGGGACGUUUUCCUAGCACGUGUAGGAAGUGUUAUAUGCUGGAUUUUGGCUUGGCACGGCAAUUUACCAACUCAUGUGGGGAUGUCAGACCACCACGAGCUGUCGCUGGUUUUCGAGGAACAGUACGAUAUGCAUCAAUCAAUGCUCAUAGAAACAGAGAAAUGGGUCGGCACGAUGACCUCUGGUCCCUGUUCUACAUGUUGGUGGAAUUUGUGGUUGGGCAACUGCCUUGGAGAAAAAUAAAAGAUAAGGAGCAAGUAGGCUCCAUUAAAGAAAGGUACGAGCACAGACUUAUGUUGAAACAUCUUCCUCAAGAAUUCAGCAUCUUUCUGGAUCAUAUUUCUAAUUUAGAUUACUUUACAAAGCCUGAUUACCAGCUUCUCAUGUCUGUGUUUGACAACAGCAUGAAAACGUUUGGGGUUAUUGAAAGUGACCCUUUUGACUGGGAGAAGAGUGGAACUGACGGCUCUUUGACAACGACAACAACUUCAACUACACCUCAGUUACACACUCGUCUUACUCCAGCUGCAAUUGGAAUUGCCAAUGCCACUCCUAUCCCAGGAGAUUUGCUGCGAGAAAACACAGAUGAAGUGUUUCCUGAUGAACAGCUCAGUGAUGGAGAGAAUGGUAUUCCAGUUGGUGUCUCACCAGAGAAACUACCUGGAUCACCUGGGCAUCAACGUCCUCAGGAAAAAGAUGUUUGGGAAGAAAUGGAUGCAAACAGAAACAAAAUAAAAUUAGGGAUUUGUAAGGCUGCCACAGAGGAAGAAAACAGCCAUGGGCCAGUGAAUGGAAUGCUUAAUGCACCGAGUCUUGGUUCUCCAAUUCGUGUUCGCUCAGAGACCACCCAGCUAGACAGGGAUGUCCCACUGGUGCGAAAGUUACGUUCAAUUCACAGCUUUGAACUGGAGAAGCGCCUGACAUUGGAGUCAAAGCCGGACACUGAUAAAUUUCUUGAGACCUGUUUGGAGAAGAUGCAGAAAGACUUGAAUGCUGCGGCAGACAUGGACCAUGUUUGGCACUAUGAUGAAGAAUAUCUUCCAGACGCUUCAAAGCCUGUGUCAGCUGGUUCUCCAGAACAUGUUGAUGGUGGUGUUAGCAAUGGAUUUGUAGCUGUCAACUUAAGCUCCUCCAGGCAGGAGGCUGAUUCUAAGGAAUGGGUGAUAAUAGAUAAGGAACGGGACUUGCAGGACUUCAGGACAAAUGAGGCGUUAGGGCAUAAAAUGACUGGAAGUCCCUCAGAUGAAGAGCCAGAGGUACUACAAGUUCUAGAGGAGACCCCUCCAGAAGAGCAGCCCAGACAGGGUGGUUGGGCAGGAAACGGAGUCCAUGCCAAGAGCCAAGCCUCAGGGAUGGAGUUUGUUCUAGCCAUGGAGUGUCACCCUGCUGCUUCCGAACAGCUUACAGAUAAAUUGGAACUUCUGUCCGGAGCUGCUGGACAGCUUCUUGCAGCCACCCCUACAAGUCCUAUGGAAGCUCAAGCAGAAGGAGCACUCACUCCGAUAACAAUACCCAGACCUUCAGUGGCAUCCACACAGUCUGCUUCAGAGAGCUUUCAUUAUGGCCACCAGCUAGAGAAAAGAGAGCAGGAUGCUCAGUCUAUGGAACACACCGUGGAACUUUCCUCUCCAAAGGAAAGCUUGCCAGGUUUGGUUGUGACAGAAGAUGCACUUCCAGCUAGUGCCAGCAGACCAGAUUUGGUACUUAAUAUCAGCCAAGAGGUGCUUGACAGGGAAGGACUUGUCAAAGAAUGUGUCAAUGUCCUGGACUGUGGCCAAAAGGACCUACCUGAACAACACAGUGGCAUACAGGAAGAGAAAGAACUUGAAAAUAUUCCUGUAGAGGAGGCUGAGGAAGAAAGGCUUCCAGUGGUUUCUGAAGACGCUAUUGAAAUGCUAAGCAAAGAACAUAAUUCUUUGCCAGGAGACUCAAAAUCUGCAGAGGAAGAACCUCUAAUGAAUAAUGAAGCUGUUGAAGAAUCAAAGCCAAGGCCCGUCUGUUUGGUGCCAAAUCAAGAUGAGGUUCUGAAAUUGAUAGCACCUAAAACAUCAGAAUUUUCUCCCUCAAGAUUUACCAAACCACAUGUAAAUAGACAGGCAAGCAAAAUAGCACCAGUUCAGGAAAAUGGUUUUCAUUCUACUAAGGAAGAAGUCCAUAUCCAAGACUUGAAAUGCCACCAAGUGGCCCUUACUACUUUUUUGCACCAGGAGGACAAAAAAGAGAAAAAUGCUCCCAGAAAUGGAGAGCUAUUCCACUGCAUUUCAGAAAAUGAGAAUUCUCAUCGAUCUAAGAAGGACUUAGUUAAAUCUCCUUUUGUAUUCAGGCAGAGCCGAAUCCCAGUUUUAGCACAAGAGAUAGACUCAACGUCAGAGUCCUCUUCUCCUGUUUCAGCAAAGGAAAAGCUGCUUCUAAAAAAGGCCCAUCAGACGGACUUGGUCAGACUACUUAUGGAAAAGAGACAGCUCAAAUCUUUCCUUGGUGACCUCUCAAGUGCCUCUGAUAAGUCACUGGAGGAAAAAAUGGCUGCUACUCCAGUACCGUUUUCUGAGGAUGAUGUCUUAUCCUCAUUUUCUAGGUUGACACUGGACUCGCAUUUCAGCAAGCAGACAGAAGAUAGCUCUUUAUCUCCAAGCAGCCCUCAGUCCAGAAAAAGCAAGAUUCCAAGGCCAGUGUCCUGGGCAACCACUGAUCAAGUCACCAGUUCAAGUUCAGCUCAGUUCUUUCCUCGGCCACCACCAGGAAAACCGCCUACUAGACCUGGGGUGGAAGCUAGGUUACGCAGAUACAGAGUCCUAGGGAGUAGCAGCUCGGACUCAGAUCUUAUCUCUCGUCUGGCUCAAAUCCUACAGAAUGGAUCUCAAAGACCAAGGAGUUCUACCCAGUGUAAGAGUCCAGGAUCUCCACAUAGUCCAAAAACACCACCCAAAAGCCCUGUCAUCCCCCGACGCAGUCCCAGUGCCUCCCCUAGGAGCUCUUCUUUACCCCGUACUGCCAGUUCUUCUCCGUCCCGGGCUGGGAGGCCCCAUCAUGAUCAGAGGAGUUCAUCCCCACAUCUUGGGAGGAGUAAAUCACCUCCUAGCCAUUCAGGCUCCUCAUCUUCUAGGAGAUCCUGCCAACAAGAGCACUGCUGCAACAAACCAAGCAAGAAUGGUCUGAAAGGAUCUGGCAGUUCCUUCCACCAUUCCCCAAACACUAAGACUCCCACAGGAAAGAGCAAAUCAACCACUAAGCUUAGCAGAUAG